AUGACCGCAGCCCCGGGUGUCACGGUUGACACCUCCGACAACCUUACUUCUCCAUCGAACGCGAUCAAUUCCACCCGGCUUCCCCAGGGUAGCUCCACCACAAACCAGGAUGGAGGGGACACAGAACGGCCCCCUCCACCAGUGACGUCCGAGGCGGCCACAAAGAUAACGAAGCAUGAGACUACAGAACCAGAUGAGGUCGAUGAUUUUGGCCUUCCCAUCCGCGCACGCCACCGGGCCGAUCCCCCCACCAGCGAGUCCCCCGCGAACGACAAUAGCGACCAUAAACCGGAGGAGACCGUCGUGGGCUUGACAAGCUAUAGUGAAGCUUUAAAGAAGCCAACUGAGCCUGUACAAGAGGACACACCCGAGCCCGUGCCCGAGGCAGCCCCUGAGCUGGCCAAGACGAACAAGGCAGAACAACUAGACAAGGAUCUGGAAGCCCACAGCGGUGCUCCUGAAAAUGCAGAGAGUUCACACAAUUUGGACGCCUCUGCAAACCCCCGCAGGUCGACCUCGAAGCCCAAACCUGUCGAGAUGUCGGAAUGGUCCCACCAGCGACUGAACCAGCCCCACCAAUUACACCACGAGAGCGACGACUCAGAAGAGGAGCCGGAUGAAUGGCAGUCAAUGCCCGCGCUUGGAGAAUUCGACUACUACGAUGACUAUGGGCGACUGGUCGCCAAAGGUGCCAAGGAAGAAGACGACGAGGCUGUAUAUCAGGGACUAGGAGGAGCUGGGAAAGGCUAUACCCGGGUGCAGCUCGAUGAUGAUGCUCAGUCUGCCACAAGUCUAGAUGAGGAUACGAGCUAUCUUUUCCGAGAAACAGGAGGAAACUCCGCUGGUUUAGUUGGCGAAGAGCUUCGCGACUCGAUCAGCCAGCUCCAGGCCACGAAAGACCUACUCAAUGAGACACAGAAGAUCGCAUAUGUGGGAGUUGUGAGGCUAUCCAUCCAUGGGAUGAACCGUGACUUGGCAUCCAUCACCACCACGAAAUCUACGCGAAAAGUAGUACAGAAAGCCUCAGAUGCCAUGAGAAAGUGGGGCCAAGCGAUGAUGGCGCGAGUCUAUGCCCAUAUGGAUAUCAAUUCGGCUGAGCAGAUUAUGAUCGAGCAACUUGCGGAGCACGGUGUCCAACCAGAGGAUCUGGUACGACCACUCAUGCAAAAUGCGCGAGUCAAAAACCCCAUGGCCGAAAAUGAUCCGAAAACUUCCACAUCUACAGCAGAGUCUCCCAGUCUUAAAAAGGACACUCAAUCGAGGUUAUCAGCAGAGUCAGAUCAAUCUUCUGAAUUUGACCCUCCACCGCCAUAUGAAGCCGAGGAGACCGAGGAACCCCCAGAGGUCACGACUCCUUCUCAAAUGCCUACGACUGAUCGAAUCGACAUAGACCUCCGAUGGACUGUGCUCUGUGACCUCUUCCUUGUGCUGAUUGCAGACUCAGCAUAUGAUGCUCGGUCACGAACGCUCUUGGAAAGGGUCGGUGCAGCCUUGGAUGUGACAUGGCUGCAGAUCUCACGGUUUGAGAAGCGUGUCACAGAUUCACUCGAAAUGCAAGAGCAAGCAGACAAAGAGAAUUGGGACGAGUCGGAUCACAUGGAAAAGCGCCGCAAGAUGGCCUUGAAACAGAAGUAUAUGAUUAUGGGUCUGGCGACGGUGGGCGGUGGACUAGUCAUUGGUCUUUCUGCUGGACUGUUGGCUCCUGUCAUCGGAGCUGGCCUUGCGGCGGGCCUGACAACUGUGGGUAUCUCCGGAACAAGUGCGUUCCUGGGAGGUGCUGGUGGUACCGCCCUGAUCGCUUCCGGUGCUACACUAGGCGGAAGCACUAUUGGUAUGAGGGCUUCACAUCGCCGGACUGGUGCUGUCCAAACGUUCGAGUAUCGUCCUCUUCAUAAUAAUAAAAAGGUCAAUCUCAUUGUGACCGUCUCCGGCUGGAUGACUGGCAAGGUCGAUGAUGUUCGUCUACCUUUCAGUACCGUCGAUCCGAUCAUGGGGGAUAUCUAUUCCGUGUUGUGGGAACCUGAAAUGCUUCGGAGUAUGGGUGACACCAUCAACAUUCUGGCAACAGAGGCAUUAACUCAAGGUCUGCAACAAGUUCUGGGAAGCACCAUUUUGAUGGCGUUGAUGGCAUCAUUGCAAUUGCCUCUCGUUCUCACCAAACUGGCAUAUCUGAUCGAUAACCCUUGGAUCGUAUCUUUGGCUCGCGCCAACUCUGCCGGCCUCGUCAUGGCCGAUUCCUUGCAAGAUCGAAACCUUGGUAACCGGCCUGUCACUCUUCUUGGCUUCUCACUCGGCGCGCGUGUCAUCUUCUCUUGCCUCAAAGAACUGGCCAACAAGGGUGCCCACGGACUCAUCCAGAACGUAUACCUGUUCGGGUCGCCAGUUGUUGCAAACAAGGAUGAGUACUUAAAGGCCCGGAGUGUAGUGUCUGGUCGAUUCGUGAACGGUUACGCCACCAACGAUUGGAUUCUGGGUUACCUUUUCCGAGCCACAAGUGGUGGUAUCAUGCGUGUUGCUGGUCUUGCAGCCGUGGAAGGCAUUCCAGGCAUUGAAAACUUCGAUAUUACUUCGCUUGUCAACGGUCAUAUGGACUACCGUACCGCUAUGCCUCGUAUUUUGCGAGAAGUUGGAUGGGAAGUUCUAGAAGAUGAGUUCGCAGAAAUCGAAGACCCAGACCCAGACAACCACGCCGAACGACAACGAGAGCUCAUUCGUGAAAUCGACGAAGCCCGCCGAGAGGCGGAAGCAAAGCCAGAGAAGAAACGCUUCGGCCUCUUCAAACGCGGCAAGAUGGCCGAAAAAAAGAAGUGGGAGACGUACGACAUUGACCGAAACAAUUCCCCGCGAGAUUCAAAUGAUACCGACAGCCCUGGUGCAGUGCUCUUCGAUAUCGAAGCCAUUCGAACCGAGCUGGCCUCGGAGGCCAUCGAAGUGAGACAGCUAGAGUCGACCAUGCCUCCGAUGAAAUUAGACCUAAACUCUCAGCCCGAGCCACCCACCCAACCUUCCCCUAGUGCGAAGACACCAAAGACACCAAAGACACCAGAUGCACUUAAGAUACCCGACCUUCCACCCGCUUCCCGAACUUCUUCAGAGCCCCCACAUGCAUCAGGACAGUACUCUCCUCACGGCCCGAAUGAGCAUUCUACUUUACCAAAGGACGAGUUCGAAAUGACCUUCGAUACCUCUUAUCAUGAAUCCCCAAGAUCUACCCACAACCCUCUCGCUCGCCCCGAGCUACAACCUGCGUCUUCAAUGCCGGUAAUACCUACUGUUGGCACAACAGCUAUCGGCGCCAUGGCCUUGGAGCCUAAUGCUUGGGCGGAUCAUGACACAGAUGGCGAGAUCUCAAUGACUUUUGAGUAA